ACCCGAGGCCUGUCCUGCUGAAAACACCAUGUUAGCAGCUUUAGUGGAGGAGCUGAAGAAGACUGGACUCCAAGCUGCUCCUGCUGAUCACUGCUAUGCUGGAGCUGAAGAUGUGGCCUGUGAUGUCUGUACUGGGAGGAAACUGAGAGCCUGUAAGUCCUGUCUCGUGUGUCUGAUCUCUUACUGUGAGAAACACCUCCAGCCUCAUUAUGAAUAGCAUGCCUUUAAAAAACACAAGCUGGUGGAGCCCUCCAAGAAGCUCCAGGAGAACAUCUGCUCUCGUCACGACGAGGUGAUGAAGCUGUUCUGCCGCACUGAUCAGCAGAGUAUCUGUUCUCUCUGCUCUGUGGACAAACACAAAGGCCACGACACGGUGUCAGCUGCAGCAGAGAGGACUGAGAGGCAGAGAGAGCUGGAGGGGAGUCGACUAAACAUCCAGCAGAGAAUCCAGGAUGGAGAGAAGGAGCUGAAGCUGCUUCAGCAGGAGGUGGAGGCCGUCAAUGGAUCUGCUGAGAAAGCAGUGGAGGACAGUGAGAAGAUGUUCACUGAGCUGAUCCGUCUCAUGGGGAAAAGAAGCUCUGAUGUGAAGCAGCAGCUCAGAUCCCAGCAGGAGAGAGAAGUGAGUGGAGUCAGAGAGCUCCAGGAGAAGCUGGAGCAGGAGAUCUCUGAGCUGAAGAGGAGAGACGCUGAGCUGAAGCUGCUGUCUCACACAGAGGAUCACAACCACUUUCUGCUCAGCUACCCCUCCUCACUGCCAGCCCUCAGUGAAGCUACACACUCCUCCAGCAUCAACAUCCGUCCUCUGAGAUACUUUGAGGACGUGACGGCGGCCCUGUCAGCAGUCAGAGACAAACUACAGGACGUCCUGAGAGAGGAAUGGACAAACGUCUCACCGACUGAAGUGGAUGUUUUACUGCCAGCAGCAGAGCCCACUACCAGAGCUGGGUUCUUAACAUAUUCACAGGAGAUCACUCUGGAUCCAAACACAGCACACACACAGCUGCUAUUAUCUGAGGGGAGCAGAAAAGCAACAUACAUGGAACAUCAGUCUUAUUCUAGUCACCCAGACAGAUUCACUGUAUGGCCUCAGGUCCUGAGUAGAGAGAGUCUGACUGGACGUUGUUACUGGGAGGUGGAGUGGAGAGGGGGAGGAGUUUCUGUAGCAGUCUCAUACAAGAAUAUCAGCAGAGCAGGGGAGGAAAGCAUAUUUGGAUACAAUGACAAAUCUUGGUCCUUAGUUUGUAACCAAAUCAGUAAUUCAUUUAGUUACAACAGAAUCAAAACUCCCGUCUCAGGUCCUCUGUCCUCCAGAGUAGGAGUGUACCUGGAUCACAGAGCAGGUGUUCUGUCCUUCUACAGCAGCGUCUCUGAAACCAUGACUCUCCUCCACAGAGUCCAGACCACAUUCACUCAGCCGCUGCAUGCUGGACUUUGGAUUUAUGGUUAUGAUUAUGGAGCCACAGCUGAGUUUUGUAAACUCAAAUAGCCUGAAGUCAUUGGAGCUGAUUGUCCAUGUCUUCACUGCAGAGAUCAGCUGUCAAUCAAACAUGAUGGGCGGGGCUUCAACAUUUCCUCAUGAGUUGUUCUGUAGAUGUUGGACUUUCUUCCGGCUCCUUCCUGUGUCUGGUUAGCCAUGGAGGCUGCUCAGGAGGAUCCUUGUUCACCUGAACUGAUUUGUAAACUUUGCUCUAAAUAUGUGUUGGAUAUUUCUUUUGAUUCUUCUUGUUGUUUCUCUUGUAGUGCACGAGUCUUCAGAGAGAAAGCAGCAGAGCUUCUUUUAUUCUACACAUUUUAUUCUGGUUCUAAAACAAUAGAGACAUUUAUAAUCACAUGUAUUCUUUUUGACAGAUUCAAUGUUAUUGUUGCUGAAUUAACUAAAAAAUGAGUUCCCAGAUGGUUAUAACACUUAUUUCAUCAUCACAUGUUUAUUUAAAAUGAUAUUACUUUCUGUCAUGAUCAUAAUCAAUAAGUACAUCAUUCAUUAUUCUCCUGUCAAUAGCUUAGAGUCUUUACUUGGGAAAUAAAUUGUAUAAUAUUACAGUUAUUGUUUUGCAGACUAGUUGUUGUUGUUGUUGUUGUUGUUGUUGUUGUUGUUGUUGUUAUCCAAAUAGAAAGUGGGUACUCUGAUGUUUUAUAGAACAUUAAUUAUCAUGAUAAUAAUCAAUAAGUAAAUCAUGUCUGAUUCUGUUUGAAAUAGCUGAGAUGAAACACAUUCAUGGUGUGGAGAAAGAGAAACUGAUCAUGAAAUCAUUGAACAGACUUUACUGAUGGGAUGUGUGAUUAAAUGAAAUGUUUGGAUCAUUAAUAAAGGUUUGUCUUUCAAAAACAAAAACAGGAUGUUCUU